AUGGAAGUAGAAACGAUGAUUCAGGAAGAUGGCGAAACUAUUACGCGUAGUACUGCCAAAAGAAGACAUUCAGGAAAACGACAGAACAAAUGGAAAUCCAAUUUGCUACGUUUGGGUGUUGGUGCCUUGACGAUCAUGUUUUUUGCCGCUCUGGCAUCUAUUCUCGUGUAUAGAUCGGUGCCCAGCAUUCGGAAAUCAGGUGGCAUAGCCAAAAAGGAAGCAGAUAUUCAAGAAAUCCAUCUGAAAGCUAUUUUUAGUACCAAUCAUGUUUUGGACAACGGAGAUCAGCCAUUGAAAAUAAUAAAUAUCGAUAAUAUCACUGAUCAAUUAAACACGAUAUUCAAUGGAAAGAUAAUUAACGUUGCCGAUGCAUUGUUCCGACAUCAUUCCAUAUCGAAAGGGAUUGUAUGCGAAGAUCCACUAUCCGGAAAUAUUCUUCAAUUAAAUAUGAUCACUUUUUAUCCUGCUGAUUGUGAGUAUCACGAAUAUGAUAUGUGUAAGAUGCAGCUUAUGGAACAAUUGAAAGCAACAUUCAGUCAAAUACUAAGUAUUCCUAUCAUGAUUCAGUUUGAUGACAAGGUUUCCAAGAGUAUUGAUAUUAGAAUAUGUACUAUCACAGAAUUGACUGCCACAGAAGAAGAAACAAUGCCAACAGCAGCAAAGAUAAAAGCAAAACAAGCAGUAAUGCCAUUUGCAGCGCCGAAAAAACUGGCAAGAAACAUACCUCGCUCUAUCGACAGACGAUAUUCGGCACUUCAGAGAGUUGAUGAAAGAACUACAAAAUCUGGACCACAUCGCAUGCUUCUUACUGUGACGCCAAGCGCAGAGUACCAAAGAGAAUGUGGCGAUUUUUCAUACAAAGAAACACGGGAAUAUUCAGUCAAUGUCAUACGACGAGAGCGACCUACAGUUCCACCAACAGCUCCAGCUAUCUGCCCACUAAGCGUCGCCAGAAUUAAUCUUGUGAUAAUGGCUGGCGAAAAGGGUACAGAGAUUCGAGAUGAUAAACCAACAAACACUAACUUUCUCAAUCAACACCAUAUGGCCGUUACACUUUUUGAACAUACUGUCUAUUUGCUACGUAUCCAACUAGAUUGUUCCUCGCAAUUGAGAACUGAAUUAACUGCAACUGGUUGUAAUCUUGCUCAAGAUGUUAAUGUUUGGAUUGAUUUAAAUGAUGAUGGAAAAUUUGAUGAAUCAGAAAGUGGAACUCCUUAUCGUUGGCCAGUAACGAGUUAUAUGGCAGAAGGUAUCUAUGAUAUACAAAUAUAUGUACCAUUGCUCGAUAGCAGAAAUAUAAGAAAUGGACCACAUAAAAUGCGUAUUUCUGUCGUACCAAGUAAUUAUUAUCGAAGCACCUGUGCUAGCUAUGAAUACAACGAGGCACGAGAGUACUCGGUCACUAUUAUACCGAGAAUGAAAUAUUCUUCACUCGAUGCUACACCUACCUCUGUGGUACCACACAACGCGCCAUGUUCUCCUGAUGUUGGCAAACUCAUUCUUGUUGUUAUGGCUGGUGAGCAUCGAACACAAAUUCGAGAUGAUCAAUCAACGAGAAAUGCAUUGACCGGCAAAACUCGAAGUUAUCAACACCUAUCUGUUGUACUAUAUGAAGAUACCGUCUAUUUGCUACGUAUCCAAUUGGAAUGCACUGGAGAAUGGGGUCGAGAACCAGUUGAUAACAACUGUAAUCUUCCUCAUGAUGUGGCUGCUUGGAUUGAUCUAAAUGAUGAUGGCAAAUUUAGUGAUAUAGAAAAUGCAGCUCCUUAUCGCUGGCCACUCGCUAGUUAUAUACCACAAGGCGUCUAUGAUCUACAAAUAUAUGUACCCGAUAUCGAUGGAACGCGAACAAAAAGUGGACCACAUCGUCUGCGUCUUGACGUAACGUUAAAUGAACAGUAUCGUCAAAAAUGUGGCAAGAACUAUUACAGAGAAACACGAGAAUACAAUGUGACAAUUGUUCGAAAAAAUAUGAAGCAAACAGUUGAUAUUGGAGGUCCAUAUUUGACAUUAAGUGAUGGUGUAUGUUCUAAAACUCAUGGCAAAAUCGUACUUGUUAUAAUGGCUGGUGAGAAAGGAUCACAUAUUCGAGAUGAUACACCAUUAAAUACUCAAAUCAGAGACGAUCAAAAUCGUCAUCAUCUGGCUGUCACAUUAUAUGAAAAUACUAUCUAUCGACAACGUAUUCAAUUGGAUUGCGAUCGCCGAUCCAGUAGAGCUCCGUUUAGGAUUAACUGCAACCUUGCUUAUGACGUGAAUGUCUAUAUUGAUCUAAAUGGUGAUGGAAUAUUUGAUGAAUCAGAAAGUCGUACUCCUAAUCGAUGGCCACUACGUAGUACAAUGACAGUAGGCAUUUAUGAUUUGGAAAUUCCUGUACCUAGUAUCGAUGGAUUGACUACGAAAGGUGGCUCACAUAUUAUGCGUGUUGUUGUCAAAACAAGUGAUGACUCAACAAAUAAUUAUAAUGAUCGAAGUGAUUUAACUGUAACAUUGUUCGAUAAUACGGCUUACACUCUUCAUGUUGAAUUAUCUUGUGUCCAACAAUCGGGCUAUGGUAAUACUUAUAGCCAAGACCCAUAUGAGUUCGAAACAAAUUGUCGUAAUGCUCGGUAUCUUGGUGUAUGGAUAGAUUUCAAUAAUGAUGGUACAUUUGAUGAUAAUACAGAACGCAUUGUUCCUAAUAGUUGGCAUAAAGAUGAUCCUCGUACAACUCGAAAUGAUAUAAGUUUUACCGUUCCACAAAUUGAUGGUAGAUAUAACGUAGGCGGUCAACAUCGCAUGCGUGUUGUUCUGGUACAAGAUGAAAGAUAUCGUCAACCAUGUCAAAACACUGGUUAUGGUGAAGUACGAGAUUAUACAGUACAAAUUAUACAGAAACCUGGGUAUUGA